UCUUCCACAUUUCUCCUUACUUUUGUCCUUCAACACACAAACCCUAAAAACCAAAAAUGGAAGAAGCCCUAAGAAAGUUCAACGAAUCUACCCACUCCUUCAUACCCGGUUACGAACCCGACCCGAUUCCUCUAACGAGAAUCUUUGCCAAUGAUGCAAACUCCCCGCAGGUUAAUAACACACUGUCUUCAAAGGAGGCAAUAGUGACCAUCACCGGAUCUGGCAGGACAAGGUACCGUGGCGUUCGCCGAAGGCCGUGGGGACGUUACGCGGCGGAGAUACGUGAUCCCACGUCGAAGGAGAGACGUUGGCUCGGAACGUUCGAUACGGCGGAGCAAGCCGCUUGUGCUUACGACUGUGCAGCUCGUGAGUUUCGUGGAUCUAAGGCUCGGACCAACUAUACUUAUCCUGUUACUAAUCCUUUUGCCGAGCCUAGAUUCUCUUUCUCCUCAAAGAAAUCUACGAAGGCCGUUCGUUCUCCUAUACCGUCACCGCAGAAGAUGAACACAAAGUCUCUCUUAUGGUAUUCCUCUCGCGAAACAGCGACUAAUGGCUCCUCCUCUUCUUCUUGCUCCUUGACAAAAACGGCAAGCAUUUCCUCUUCCGCUGAUGAAAACUACACAGAGUUUUUCCCGCAAGAACAUUCUGAUUCUGGUCUCUUGCAAGAUAUCGUUCAAGAGUUCUUGAAGAAGAAACGCAACCAGCCUCCGCCGUUGAUACCACCACCACCGCCAUCUCCACCGAUGGUUGGACAUCUUAAAAACUUCCGUGAAUUCUCCGCCAACAGUUUGUUUCAACCGAUGGUGGAGGCAUCAAAAUUAGAUUGCUACGGAAACAUUAGUUAUCAAGAUGGUGACUCCGGUUUUUUUUAUGGCAUGAGCUCCGUUGCAGACGGUGGUUUUACUUAUGGAUCAGACGCGUGGGGGUUAUCAUGA